AUGAUGGAUUCAGGUCAGUCAACAAAAGUCUAUCCGGCGAUCCACGAGAGAACGUCAGCCAGCGCGACAUUUGGAGAAGUCGAAGACGAGAUGCAGAAGCUGUCUCAGAGGAGGAAGAGCUCAGUCUCGGAAUUCCUCAAUAUGGAGCUUAGCGAAGCUCUUCUCGAAAGAUACAAAACCCGGAUAGAGCUUCUGAAAAAGUGCUCUUUCUACAUCGAGGUUCUCCCCAAGCAGUGUCCGCUCGGAGACCAAACCCAACUCGUGUUCCCCUUCACCGUUUUGGGACUUGUCAAUCUUUAUAAAUUCCAGCGCACCAAGGAGCUGGGAGCCACUCAGACCAAGAUCCAGCUGCUGCUCUUGAGCGAAUAUAUGGAGCAACUCCAGAACGGGCGGACGGCUCUUCUCGGGUUCCUCCGCUCUUACGACGCCAAAGCCUUCCUGACCAAAUGGGAAGAGGUCGCUCGACUUCUGUCCGAGUUAUCCGGUGCACUGAGCACCUUACUGUCCAUGCUCGUGCCAGGGAGGCUGCACGCCAAACAUCGCCUGAUGUCAGACCUCAGAUUGAUCAAGACCCCCGUUGUACGGCUGGUACUAAAGAACAAAAUGCCAGUUCUGUUUGACCAAAUAAACUCUGUGGUUUACAAGGACCGGGUCAGCCUGAAGUGGCGUUGUCUGGAAAAGCAGGCAGAGCAGGAGAAGUACGAGCUUCGCUUCAAGCUGCUGGAGCUGCAGACGACUCAGGAGUUGGUCCACAGAGGAUCGGUCACCGUCAGCACCAACAGCUGCGAAAUACACCAUCUUCUGAGCGGCCGGCUGUACGAGUUCUCUGUGCACCGGGCAGAGACCUCCACGCUGGUGUACGAGGCAUGGCAGGACACGAUCAUACUAAGGACACAUGGGUCCUACACACCGUCUAACAUGAAGCGUCUCCCGUCUGUCAACUUCUAGUGGAAAAUAAUCCUGGCGCCUUUCCGCUGUACAGAU